UUAGAGCUACAGCGCGCUUUCCAGUGACUACAGUUGCACGCGCAUAGGCAUUCUUUCACAGACGCGCGCGCAGAUGCGGGCAAUGGAUGCGCAGGAUAUGUUUAGCGCGUAUUAAUAUAUAGCUUACCUUUAAAUGCGUAUAAGCCUUUUCUUUAAUUGACUUUAAGUGCAACAUCGUGAAUAAAAAUAUUUUUAAUUGGUUUAGAAACCCUUAUUCCUACCAAUUAUCGCAGUGCAAUGGAUUUACAGAACAUGAAUGAAACUCAGAUCCCGUUUUGGGAAGGUAUAAGAACUCCAGACAAUUCCAGCGUGAACAGCUCUGCGUUGGAAGUUAACGCCACCUGUAGCAAUGCGUCAAUUAUUCAGAAAUUCAAACCCACACGAGCAAAAGAAAUGGACUCCGUGAGGAUUAUUCUUUACUCACUUGUAUUUCUCCUGAGUGUUUUUGGGAACCUGCUGAUCAUUGUGGUCCUAAUAGCAAACAAGAGAAUGCGGACAGUCACCAACUCCUUCCUGCUCUCGCUCGCUAUUAGUGAUCUCAUGAUGGCCAUCUUCUGCAUGCCCUUUAAUCUCAUCCCCAGCCUGCUGGAGGACUUCAUCUUUGGAGCAGCGAUGUGCAAGACAGUCGCCUAUUUCAUGGGUAUAUCUGUCAGCAUCUCCACCUUCAGUCUGGUGGCCAUUGCCAUUGAAAGAUACAGUGCCAUUUGCAACCCGCUGAAGUCCAGAGCAUGGCAGACCCGUUCUCAUGCCUAUAAGGUCAUCGCUGCCACAUGGGUACUAUCUGUGUGUAUCAUGGUGCCCUAUCCUGUGUUUAGUAUACUGGUGCCAUUCAACAAGCCAAACAACAUCACAGCUCACAUGUGCAGGCUUGACUGGCCCAUCAGCCAGGUGGAACAGACUUGGUACGUCUUGUUGCUCUCCAUUCUGUUCUUCAUCCCAGGUGUGGUGAUGAUAAUUGCCUACGGUCUCAUAUCCAGAGAACUUUACAGAGGGAUUCAGUUUGAACUGGAGCAGAAGAAAGACUCUAGUGGUGUAAAGAAUGGGUUGAAUGGCGCACUGUCUUCUGGCCAUGAUGAGAGUGAUGGAUGUUAUAUCCAAGUCCCAAAGAAGCCCCCCGCUAUGGAACUUUCUGCUCUGACCACCUCUGGCACCGUCAAGACAGACCGUCCACGGAGCAACACCUCAGAGGCAAAGCUCAUUGCCAAAAAACGAGUGAUCCGAAUGCUGAUCAUUAUAGUAGCUAUGUUCUUCGUAUGCUGGAUGCCUCUAUACUCUGCCAACACCUGGAAGGCUUUUGACCAAAAGUCAGCACAGCGCGCACUUUCUGGAGCUCCCAUCUCCUUCAUUCAGCUUCUAUCCUAUACCUCAGCCUGUGUCAACCCCAUUAUCUACUGCUUCAUGAACACCCGUUUCCGGAAGGCACUCUUGGCCACAUUUGGGUGUUGCAGGCGCCCAUGCCACACACAGAGAAAGAGGAGGGAAGGUGAUGACGAGAUCACUGGAGUCACAGGGGCGUCCAUAUCAAAGUUCAGUUAUACCACCGUUAGCACGUUAUCCUACAUGAAGAUGUAUCAGGUGGGCAAGACAAUUCAGUCGUCAACAGAAUCAACAGUCUCUUGGAAAUCUUCACCCCAGUUGAAGUGAUGCCAUGGUUAAAACUGCCAAGCUGCAUGACAGGUUAGAAUUGUAAUGCCCUGGCACUGGAGAUAAUGAUUUAAAUGGAAAAUAAUAAACUGUAGAGGGAAGUUUGAUGUGAUUGCUUUGGAAGCACUAAUGUUCUAAUACACAUUCUCACUAAAACACACACACACACACACACACAAAAAAACAACAACAUUCGGUCUAUCUCAAAUUGCAAUUGCUCUAAUCGAUUUCUUCCUUAUUGCUGAAGCUGAUGACACACCUGGGAUAUUCGGCUUCUUGCCUUGCCCCAACGAACCCUCACUGAAUAUAUGAAAAGAGAGCUAAGCUCUUGUUUGUGCUGAAAAUAAUUUAUUCAGUGGUUCAUGCUAAACAUGAAAGCUGGAUCUGCACAACGAAACCAAGCGUUUAAAAAUUCAUCCUCAAAAGGAUGGAGCGCACAUGAGAUGUUUGUGUGCUUAUACUUGGUUCAUCUUGUUAUCCACUGGAUUGUAAAAAUGCAUGAAUGCCCAUUUUUUAUACAAGUACUGGCAGCAGGGUUAUUACAGUUAACUACAAACUAAAACUGAAAUGAAAACUAUAACCCUUAAAAACAUUUUUGUCACUUAAAGGGGCCCUAUUAUGCUUUUUCUAUAAUGUUGCUGUUUGAGCCUGAAAAAGAUCUGCAGUUAAAAAGUUCAAAGUCCACUUCAAAAGAAGAUAUUUUAUUUAACAAAAAUUAAAACUACUUUUCAAAAACUACAGCAAAUGACUCAUUUGGACUACAACGCAUCUUUUCCAGCAUUUGUGAUAUCACAAAUGUCAACGAAUGGGACGAGACCUGGUUGAGAUGCACUAGAGAAGGCAACAAGUAUUAUCACUAUGUCAGAGACACACUAGCUUUCCCAAGGCAGAUGAACUUAGAGUGGUUACAAUCAUCCGGAUUUAAAUUGCACUUAAAUUGAUUUGAUUUUGAUGCAAUAAUUACACUGAAGCUCACAUGGGCUCACAUGGGCCGAUCCAGGCGCUGAGUGCUGCCAAUCACAACACACACCAGCCCAGUUAACCAAUCACAGCACAUUUCGUGUUUCAGACACAUUUUAUGCUUUACACUUUACUAGAAUUAUGUAGAAAAGGAAAACUGUAAGGUUGCUAAACACCCUUUUAUUUGAAUUAUCUGGAUUCAUCAGCAUUAGAAUGCAGGUCAGAACCAAUUUACCUAAAUGUGUUCCUUUAUUUACCUACAUACAUAUGAAAAUGGCAUGAAAUUAUUCAUAAAAGAAGCCAUCUCUCUCUCUCUAUGUUACACCUUGCUUCCCACCUCCUCCAUGAAUUUGGGGGUCAGCAUCAGAAUUCACAGCUUCAUAAUUUGUUUACGUGCCCCCCAGAAUAUACAGUGAACAAAUACUUCAGUGCUCACACAUGCCUGCCCUUCUUACUGCUUUUAUUUCUGUCUGCUUCUCUCUUUAUUAUCACUCCCUUCUUGCAAUUUGUCAUUUCAUCGAUCAGUUUUCCCUCUCUCCAUUUCCUCUAAAGGACCACCUGGGUAUGUGACAGACCUAGGCUAUAUCAAACUAGAGUCUUGGGGAUAAACAGAAAUGGUUAUUUCUCACUCAGACACACAACCUGUCUGCUGAGCAGUUGCUGUCAUUUCUCUUGGUGUCAGUGACAUCUGCCAAAAGUGAGAGAACAGUUGAGUUGGUUCUUGCAGCUUUGUUUUGCUUGGGUACACGACAGAUGACAUAAGUCCGGCCAUUCAUUUCAAAUCGCUGCAACAGAGGAUAUGGAACUUGUUUCCAAGACAACCAUUCAUAUAUUCAAAGGGGGUUUGAUUUCGGACAGAACACAACAAAGUAAGAAAUAGAAAAUGAUUGAAAUGAAAGCCACCUGAAUAAACAAAUAACAGAAAAGCAAAGAAUUACAUGGAAAUAGCUUUAGAUAAUCAAGCAAAUAACAAAGACCUCCAUUCAGAAAUUCAUCUCUUUUAAAGCUGGACGUAAAGUGCAGUGCAAUCUAAAUGCCACUUUUGAUGUUUGGCUGGUUGGUUAAAUAAGACGUCACACUUUCUGACCUUGUUCAGAAUUUUCGAACAUGCUUCUGCUGUCUUCUGUGGCAGAUGUAAACGGACUGAUAAUUGUGCAGUGUGUCAAAGUUUGUCCGCUGUAGAUUUUUCUUUAUGAGUAAUUAUCCUUGGUUAGUUCCCUUCUGAAAUAUAGAUACAGAAAUGUGUGGCGUAUGUCUUGGGAGUGCUUUGUGAUCUGUGUAAUUUAAGCAAAACAUUGUGAGAUUUUAUAUUAAAUAUAUGUACUGUCUUUGGAGUUAUGUUUGAACAGCUUUGUAAAUACAAUAGUUCUUCUAUUCUAUACUGAAAUUCUAUGAUAAAUCUCUAAAUGUAAAUAUCAUAAUAGGGGAAAAAAAUAAAUCAGUACUUUUUUUUGUAAUAGAUACAUGUUUCUAAAUAAAGCACACUAACAGCCAAAUGUACCAAACAGACAACAACUACAAAACAAUAGAGUACACCCGAGAUAAAAAGAAAACGGUACUGGUUUUCUGCAGCAGAGAGGAUUGUGGGACUUUCAGUUCAUUCCAUUUGAAACACAAUUAAGUGAUAAGGAAACAGGUUGUUAAAAUGCAGUGUAUUGGCUAAAACAUCCCAAUACACCAUGGCCACCAUAGCCUUAAAUGAGGGAGAGAAAAUAUAAGACUGUGUGUGUGUUUGAGUGUAUGUGUGUGUGGGUGUGGGUGUGUGUGUGUGUGUGUGUGUGUGUGUUUGCAUGAGAAAGCACUUUUGCAUAACCAUUGAUUGUAAGGUUAGGCCAUUUGUUUUUGUAUUAAUUUGUCCUUUUCAGUGGCCAUUAUCUAAAUAUAAAUGUGAUUUAUACAUUAAUCAGUACUCAGUUCAGUGCUACUUUGUACUUUGUAAAAGUUAUGUGAUAUUGUCUUUCAGGGUAUUUUCCCCCAUGUCUGUAAGUUCAUUGUUUUUUGUUGAUUUAUGUUACUGUUUUUCCCAUUUCUUACGUCUUUGAGAAUGACAAAUAGCAUCAACAGCAUCAACAUUUUGUUUUGUAUUUUAAUUAUUUGUGAUUAGCUCUGAAGCAAACUAUAAUAUAUAGUGCUGUUUCUCAAAGAUUAAUACUUUGAAGUAAUAUUUUCUCACAGUGUUUCACUGUUUCAUCUCCAGCUAGUUGCUGUUGUGAUGAAUGGAUUUCAAAGGGCAAGUUUCUUGGCAGAGUUUUAAGUGGGUGUAGUACAUGCUUUGUGUGUUGAAUAAAAAUUCAGUGUUUCUGAAAUGUUUGGACUACAUGAGGUAUGAACAGAAAUCAAUUAAGUCAAUGUGCCGUGUAUAUUUAAUGACAGAGCCCAUUUAGAUUAGCUCUUGCCCGUGUCACAAAUGAGUCAGUGAUGAGACACUCAUUUUUUGUUUAAUUAAAAGAAGAUUCCCUUGAAAUGAAAACCAUAUUAAGUAGUUUUACAUUAUCUUUCUUAGGGGGAAAAAAUAACUUUAGUAAUACUGAUAAUUCAUUGGUUAUUAACCUUUGAAAACAAAUUGUCUACAAAAACAUGCAGACAAAAAGGUAGCACUUUAUUUUACAGUCCUGUUCCUCAUGUACAUACUAUGUACUUAUUAUAGUACUUACAAUAACUAUGUAAUAACUAGGUACUAACCCUGAAC